AUGUUCAGUUCAGCCCUCAAGUCCUUCCAGUCCAACAUCAACGCGAACUACUCCGUUUCUUCCACGCCCAGCUCGACCUCGGGACCUUGGAAGAUCUACGACGCGAAGAAGAAGUCGACAGGCAAAGCCGUGUCCGUGUUUGUCUUUGAUAAGAGGUCCCUGGACAACCAUGCUGGAUCCCUAGGGAGAUCGAGUGCUUCUUCGCUGAAGAGAGCUACGGAGGAGGUGGUGGAGAGACUGAAGAAGGAAGCUUCGUCGCUGGCUAGGCUACGGCAUCCCAAUAUCCUGGAAUUGGUCGAGCCCGUGGAGGAAACGAGGAGCGGCGGGUUGCAGUUUGCGACCGAGACGGUCACGGCUUCGUUGUCCGGACUUUUGGCGGAGAAGGAUGAGCAGGAGAGAUCUGGGGGAGUGGGAGGCCGGUCGAGUCGCUUCGUGACGGAGGAUGCAGAGGGCGGGAGACGGAGGAGAGAGCUCGAGAUUGACGAGUUGGAGAUACAGAAAGGCUUGGAGCAGAUCAGCAAGGCGCUGGAGUUCCUGCACGACAACGCAGGGCUUGUGCAUGGGAACCUGACGCCAGAUGCCGUCUUUGUAAAUGCAAAGUCCGAUUGGAAGAUCAGCGGCUUGAGCUUCUCGAGUCCUCCAGAGGGUUCAACAAAAGCCAGCUCCGUGACACCUAUAAACCUCUCCGAGACUCUAAACCUCGACCCUCGCUUACCACGCUCUGUACAGAUGAACCUCGACUACACUUCUCCGGACUUUGUCUUAGACUCGAACCUGAAUGUAGCUGCGGAUAUGUUCUCGCUGGGCCUGUUGAUAAUCGCCCUGUACAAUUCCCCACAUACCUCGCCAUUGCAAGCCAACUCCAGCGCUUCGACAUAUAAACGGCUCUUUGCGUCUCCGUCGACAAUACCCUCGGUUAGCAAUGGCUUUUUGUCUUCAAAGCCGAUACCCAAGGACCUCACAUCGUCCGUACUGCCACGAUUGAUCACGAGACGGCCAGCGCAACGGAUGUCGGCGAAGGACUUCCAGCAAAGUGCAUAUUUUGACAACAUUUUGAUUUCUACCAUUCGUUUCUUGGACUCGCUACCAGCCAAGACCCCAAAUGAGAAAGCACAGUUUAUGAGAGGACUGUCUCGAGUACUGCCAUCAUUCCCAAAAUCGGUGUUGGAGAAGAAGGUCCUACCAGCCCUGCUCGAGGAGAUGAAAGACCGAGAACUACUAUCCCUGAUCUUGAAGAACAUCUUUACAAUUGUGGAAUUGCUUGCUUCGGGACGCUUGAGUUUCACAGAAAAGAUCGUACCUAGGCUACGCGAGAUCUUCAUCCCAAUCGAUCCUAAACAAGCUCCUGCACGAGAUCCGGCCAAGGAGGCGGGAUUGAUGGUUGUACUGGAACAUAUGCGGGCUAUUGCCAUCAAUUGCUCAGGCAAGGAAUUUAAAGACAAUAUUCUCCCCAUCAUUCACCUUGCGAUUGAGUCUCCGACACAUAGUCUCGUAGAUGCGUCGCUGAGAAGCCUACCCGUCGUAUUGCCUGUACUGGACUUUUCUACCAUUAAGAAUGAGCUAUUUCCAGUCAUCGCUUCAGUCUUUACCAAGACGAGCAGUCUUGGCAUCAAGGUCCGAGGUCUGGAAGCAUUUGUGAUCCUUUGUGGAGGAUCCAAUGACCCGGCAAGUAGCAACGACGGCCUUGACGGUAUCAACAACGCAGGCGCGAGUAAGAAGGGCUCGUCAUCCUCAACUGCGCUUGACAAAUACACGAUGCAAGAGAAGAUCGUCCCUCUGAUCAAAGGUAUCAAGACCAAGGAACCGGCUGUGGCCAUUGCAGCGCUGAAUGUUCUGCGCCAAGUCGGAGGCGUGGUGGACGCGGACUACGUCGCAAUGGACGUUCUUCCCGUUCUCUGGAGCAUGAGCUUAGGUCCAUUGCUUGACUUGAACCAAUUCCAGUCGUUUAUGGAACUCAUCAAGAGUCUUUCAUUACGAGUUGAAAGCGAGCAGACUAAGAAGCUGCAAGAGCUCUCAGGCUCCAACGGAAGUCACGUGAAAGCCAACGAUGAUUUCAUGUCAUUUGGUGCUACAAAUGCUUUCGGAAAUUCCAACGGCGGCUCCGAUGACCCAGAGAUUGACUUCGAGCGUCUAGUGAAAGGCAACGCCAGCCUGACAUCUCCAACAGCUCUCGACUCUGGAUGGGAUUCCCAGCCCUCAGUAGCCACAUCUCAUACAUCCGGACAACCUUCCAACCAAUCCUCUGCACCAUCCUUCGCUUGGUCAACCCCAAGCCCAAGCACAACAAUCGUGCCUGGGAGCUCAAUAGGUGGCAGCUCACUGUCCGCACCAAUGCGUCCUCAACAAGCACCCGCAUCACGAACCAUCACACCAGACCUUUCCCGCUUCGACAGCCUUACACCAACCGCCACGCAAUUCUCGCAACCUCUCCAACCGCAACAUAACUUCUCUACGCCUAUGCAGCCUCAAAAGCCCUCCUACAACUCUGCACCUUUGCAGACCCAACCAGGUUUCCAAACCCCACCGCUAGCCCAACAACAAACAUCCGUCAACUGGGGCGCAGCCGUAGCGAACAAUCCCUGGGCUAGCACUAACGCGUCGAUGAACUCUCUUGGGAACUCUAUGAGUAGCAUGAGUAUGGGCCAGCAGAGGCCAGCUACGAACUCUCAUGCGAACUCGAUUAAUGCAUUCUCGCUUCCACCACCAGGCCAGAGACCGGGGAUAGGGAGCUCGAAUAGCUUUUCUUUACCGCCGCCGCCUGGGGCUGGCGGUGGAUAUCAAGCGAACUCGCAGAGCGCAUUUGGAGCGCCGCCGCCGCUGCAGCAGCCGAAGAAAUCGGGAUUGGAUGCAUGGGAGAGUUUGUUGUAG